AUGGGGUCAAUUGCCAAACUGAUCGAAUUUCUUCGAUCUGAAUUCUCCUCUGUAGAGGACAUCACAGAUGAGUGGGCAUCCUCGAGUGUCGAAGGAAAUUACAUGGAUUUCGCUGCUAUAUCCGCUGUGUUCACUCCGUCAUUCUAUGAGGAUGUUCGCGUCACAUCACAUCUCAGACAGUUGCUCACUAACUUGGCACAAUUCGAAGAAAAAUGUGAUGACCCAGAAGUAUGGAACGAACUUAUCAAUGUCGAGAUAUCCGGUCGACAACUUUGUGUCCUACUUUGGUAUUCCUUGGAAUGGGCUCUCAACAAAAACAGUACUUUCGAAUUGGUUGAGCGAGGAGUUCUUGCGGCUUGUUCUUAUCUCCAUCUUGCUAGUAUAAAAGGCUCGAAAGCCUAUCAUAUCUUCAAUCCUUACCUUUAUCAGAACAAAGCUAAAAGAAAGGGGAAGCAGAAGAAGAGACAGGAAGAGAUGGAUGUUGACGAAGAUGAGGCAGAAGAGGAAGUUGAUGUAGCCAGGACCUUUGACAAAGGAGAAGUCAAGCAACUUUUUAAAGAAGCGAGUGAAUCGCUAUUUGUGCUGCUAGGCAAAAUUUCACUCUCCAGUUAUGCCGAAAUUCCUUUGACGACGACAAUGCUGGUGCGGGACAUGGCAAGGAUUGACUGCAGUCAAGAUACUAAAGUUGCUGUUGUGGAAACUUUGCGUGAUUUCAAAAAUUUGCGCAAACUGAGUGAUCGCUCUUUUGCACUGAUGCACAGACUUAUUGAUAGUCGUCAUACUCCGGGUGGCUAUCUGGUUAUUUCGCGUAUAAUUUAUCCGAGAUUGGCUUUUUGGACAUUUGAUUGUGAUGUUAUCCCUUCAUCAACAGCCAUACCGACCAUGUUCACCACAUGGAGAGAUCUGAUGGUGAAAUUCAUCAAAAUCCGUGUCGAACUCAACAAUCAUGGAGAGCUACGUAAUUUCUUCGCGGUAUUGGAAAAUUUGUAUCUGCGUUGUACAGAUAGAUUGGAGUAUCGUACUCGCCUUGCACAGUCUGUACUCAAUGUUCUACAGCUGUUGCCACGAGAAUACCAUUAUGAGUUUGUACAAAGAAUUGAAGUAUUCUCGAAAAAUCAGCGAGUUGGUGCCAGGAACUUUGCGAUAGAGAUUGUACCGUUGAUACUCAAAGGAUUAGAUCUAUCUGGAUCCGAUCCGGGACCUAUUGAGUAUCCUCCUGAAGGUGAUGUGACAGGCACCGAGGCAGAUAAGAAUGCUGGGCCAUCGUCUGAAGCAGAGGGCAUGGAUGUAAGUAAAUCCAGUACGAGUGACGAGGAAGGCGACUCUGACAAAAGCGAUAGCGAAACUGAGGCAGCUCACGAUAGCACAAAAAGAAAAGCCAAGGCUGCUAAAAGCGCUGCACCGGUUGAGCAGACAGAGAAAACUGAACGGGUACCUGCUCUGGCAGCAUUGUACAGAUGUGUUGUUCGAAGUUGCCUUGACAAGGCUUCAACAGUUCGCCUACGUGCUAUGUUUCAUUUACCGUCUUUGCUCGAGAGUGAACCGCAUCGAGAGCUGCUUAUCCAUCACGCGAGAAGCAUGUUUGAAGAAACCCCAAAAGUCUUCAUUGGCAUAGUAUCUGAGAAAGAAGAAGGAGCAGAAAACGAACCGGAGGAAAUCAAUGAGAAUAUGUUCUUGGACGAUUCCGAGAUCAUUAUCGAAAAUCUCAUAUUACAUCUGAUUCUAACUGGAGCCGGAGAUGACGCGGCUGGUGUUCGAAAAUAUGCUGUGAUUGCGUUGCAAGCUCUUUUUCCUUUCAUCACCGAAGAGUCUGAUGCACAGAGUGCAGUGGAGUGCUUGAAGGAAUGCUGCCUGGAUUCCUCGCUCAUGGUUCGAAAGCAGGCUGCAGAAGUCCUCGACUAUCUUCUUAGUUCCAGUCAACAAUUCCGAGAUGUGCUCGAAGAAGGUUGGUUGGCGGCUGUUCUCCCCAUGGUGAACGAUCGAGAGCAGAGUGUACAGCAAAUGAUCUCCAAAAUUGUCACGAAAACGGUCGUUAAUCCUCUCAUGCGCGAUACUGACGCGACUGCAUGGAAGAUGUUGCACGCGAUUGAAUUAGAAAAUAACAACAGGCGUCUUCUUUCUCGUGCGCUCAUGCAGGAACACCAAGAAGGAAACAUCAAGCCUACACUUGUUGGAUGUCUCAGCCACAAGCUCGAAACCUGUCCAGGAGAGAUGGAUGUGAUCUGGAUGCUCUUGGCAGAUCUGAGCGCAAUUUUCAAGGUGAAUCCGAAAAAGGCUUUGGAAGCUUGGUACGCUAUUGAAGAUGGAGAUCCCAGAAACAGGGUGCGCUACGUUACAAGGGUGCUGUCGCGGUCCUAUGCUCUUCUGGACUCUCGUGCUAGAGCUGAUCUCUGUGCUGACAUCAAAACAAAGAUUACGGGUUUUAGAAUUGAUGCCAUGAAUAUUCCUUCUGCUUAUUUAUGUUUGGCUAAACUUAUGGAUGCUGUUGGAGAGGAAAGCACAGGUAAAAAGAACUUGCAAAAAGUCGGAAAACAACUUUUGAACAUCAGCCGUAGUCACAUACGUGAAUCACUACAAAAGAUCGACGACGAGUAUGACUAUCCCGAUAGUUAUAAACGCGGCUAUACCAUCUGUUCACCCAACUCCUAUUUCAUCUCGUGCUCCUUCGCCAACUCCCACACAUUCUCGUGCUCCUUCACCAACUCCAUCUACGGUCUCAUCAAACCAGGGUUUCUCGGACAACGUCUGGCCUCAGCUCGAAACAUUUUUAAGGAUGAAAAAAUUGCCAAGUCCACCAUUCCCGUCUUUGUAAAACAGCUGAAGCUGAACUCGGACCAUGUGAUCCGAAACAAUAUUGCACUCGUCAUUUGUGAUCUAUGUAUACGCUAUACAUCGAUGGUAGAUCGUUAUUCUCCUAUUGUUGCUGCUUGUCUUAAAGAUACCUCGACUUUGGUCCGUAAACAAAUACUGCAGUCGCUCACUUCACUGAUCAAAGAACAGUUUAUAAGAUGGGAAGGACAGAUUAUGUAUCGUUUUGUGUCGACAAUACUCGACGAAAACAAAAUUAUCAUGGAAUAUACCAAGUUUUGUUUGCGAGAUGUGUUACUACUUCAAUUCCCAGAAUUGUUCUCAAGCCAUUUCAUUGAAUGCCUUAUGUAUUUCAAUAAUGUGCCAGUGAGCUGUGAGCGGGAGGGUAAGGACAUUUUCGGCAAAAUGGCAAUUGUGAGAUGCUGCUGGCGAAGAUCUGUUUCAGUUGUGCAAGAAGUUGUGGAUCCGGCUUAUCGUGUUUCACUUCACGGUCCUGAAAACGAAGAAAACCGAAUGACAAUCUAUAAAUUCAUGCUAAGCACUUUUGACGACACCCACAAAUUCACCUUAAUGGCGCACAUUUGUACGCAAAUUAUUUGUCCAGUCAUGAAUGGAAAGCUGAAGCUAGAAGAUCCCUGUGUAUUCGCUCUUAUGAGGGAUUCUCUGACGGUGAUGUCUUUGAAAGAAAUCAAACUAAACAUGGACGUCGGAAAGGGCCCAGAUGAAGAAGACGAGCCACCUGCAGUGGUUGUGGCUGCCGCUAAAGAAAUGAUCACUGAAACAUUCCGAAAGGCAAUGAUUGAAUAUGUGAUGCCAGCACUGCUUGAUCUACGUGUAUAUCUCAACGAAAGGCGAUCCAGCUUACGUGGACCUUUGUAUUGCGUAUUCCGUGCUAUUUGCCGCGAACAUAAGGAACAAAUCGAUGCAUUCCUGGACGGUGAUCAGCAGCUCAAAGCCGAAGUGGAGUAUGAUAUUUACAGAUUUGAGAUGCGAGAGAAAGCUGAACGAGCUGCUGCCAAGAAACGUGCUGAAGAAGCAGCUAAAGAAAGGCGGCGAUCACGGCGCUCAAUGGCUGUGGUGAAUAGGCCGCCAGAAGAAGACGACGAAGAUGUGACCCAGCGUAGUGGGGGUCCUCAAGCUGCAACGGAUGUGGUGAAUGUGCAAGCCAGUGAAGAAGCUGCUGGAAUUAAGCAAGAACCUGUUGAGCAAGAAGAAGAUGUCGUGAUGAGGGAAGUUACACCAGAGCCUCAAGCACCGACUGAGCAUAUUACGGCAGAGAUAGUUCUAACACAGUGCCAAGACAAACAGCUUGGAAUUUCUGUGGUUUGCGGCGACGGGCAACGUAUGGACGAAUUAGUUGCCGCUCUUCAUGAGGUACAGGCUGGCACUGCUCCGGCAGCCAAUUCUGCGCCAACUGAUGAGUUUGUUCCGACUGCUGCCGGCAGCUCUAACGAAAAUGUGGUGGUAUCGUCCUCUAGUGCUCCAAAAUCGCCUGGCAUGGUAAGGGAUGCGCCGCCGGCACCUCAAGUUGAAGAAGAACCUGUGAAAUCCACAGCUACAUGUGAGCCAACCGAGAAAGAAAAUCAGCAUACAGCCACAAGCAGCGUGUCGGACGAGAGCGCAGUACCAUCACGUGCUAUGUCUACACCUAACAAACCUAUUUCUGAUCUGACCUUUGGCGAUCUCAAUUUGUCUGCCAUCGAAGGUGAUGCAAAACGUAUCUCGCGUAAACCAGGCCGACCACGCUUGUCACGUAAAGAAAUGGAAAAUAUCGAGGAAGAAAAUUCGUGA